AUGUCUGAAUUCGACACCCAGGUCCCAUCUGCUUUUGAUCCCUUUGCUGAUGCAAAUGCUGAGGACUCAGGUGCUGGGACAAAAGAGUAUGUGCAUGUGCGUGUGCAGCAGCGUAACGGGAGGAAAAGCCUGACUACUGUGCAAGGAUUGAAGAAGGAAUACAGCUACAAUAAGAUACUAAAGGACCUCAAGAAAGAGUUCUGUUGUAAUGGUACUGUGGUCGAGGAUCCUGAGUUAGGCCAGGUCAUACAACUUCAGGGGGACCAGAGAAAGAAUGUUUCCUCCUUCCUCGUGCAGGCUGGCAUUGUUAAGAAGGAAGACAUCAAGCUUCAUGGUUUUUGA